ACCAGACUGCUAAUUCCCAGCUCAGAGCCCUUUCUACCCUGUAGGGCUAGAAAGGGGCCCCUUUCUAGCCUGUAGGGCUAGAGGAGGGGCUCUGUGGUGCUCCUGAAUCAGGUUGCUGGGGCGUCCCCAAGCUUCCCUACGUUUGCCCUGGGGGCCCCCCGCCCAGGACAGCACCUGGUGACCUGACGCCCCUCCCCACGCACAGGAGUGGAACGACUACAAGCUGCGCUGGAACCCGGCUGAUUUUGGCAACAUCACAUCCCUCCGGGUCCCUUCGGAGAUGAUCUGGAUCCCUGACAUUGUCCUCUACAACAAUGCAGAUGGGGAGUUCGCAGUGACCCACAUGACCAAGGCCCACCUCUUCUCCACGGGCACCGUGCACUGGGUGCCGCCAGCCAUCUACAAGAGCUCCUGCAGCAUCGAUGUCACUUUCUUCCCCUUCGACCAGCAGAACUGCAAGAUGAAGUUUGGCUCCUGGACGUACGAUAAGGCCAAGAUCGACCUGGAGCAGAUGGAGCAGACGGUGGACUUGAAGGACUACUGGGAGAGUGGCGAGUGGGCCAUCAUCAACGCCACAGGCACCUACAAUACCAAGAAGUACGACUGCUGCGCCGAGAUCUACCCCGACGUCACCUACUACUUUGUCAUCCGGCGCCUGCCCCUCUUCUACACAAUCAACCUCAUCAUCCCCUGUCUGCUCAUCUCCUGCCUGACCGUGCUCGUCUUCUACCUGCCCUCCGACUGCGGGGAGAAAAUCACCCUGUGCAUCUCCGUGCUGCUCUCGCUCACCGUCUUCCUCCUGCUCAUCACAGAGAUCAUUCCCUCCACGUCCCUGGUCAUCCCGCUCAUCGGCGAGUACCUGCUCUUCACCAUGAUCUUUGUCACCCUGUCCAUCGUCAUCACAGUCUUUGUGCUGAAUGUCCACCAUCGCUCCCCCAGCACCCACAAUAUGCCCCAGUGGGUGAGGGCGGCCUUUCUGGGCUGUGUGCCCCGGUGGCUUCUGAUGAACCGGCCCCUGCCCCCCUUGGAGCUCCACGAGCCCCUAGAUCUGAAGCUCAGAGCCUCCUAUCACUGGCUGGAGACCAACAUGGAUGCGGAGAAGAGAGAGGACGAAGAGGAGGAGGAAGACAGAUGGAUGUCAUCCUCCCCCAUGGGUGUCCUCCGCAGCCAUGGUGGUCUGCACCAAGGGGCCUCGGGUCCCGAGGCAGAGGCCCAGCUGCAGAAGGGUGGGCUCCUGCUGUCACCUCGCAUGCAGAAGGCCCUGGAAGGCGUGCACUAUAUUGCUGAUCACCUGCGCUCUGAGGAUGCUGACUGUUCGGUAAAGGAAGACUGGAAGUAUGUGGCCAUGGUCAUUGACAGGAUCUUCCUCUGGCUGUUUAUCAUUGUCUGUUUCCUGGGGACGGUGGGACUCUUUCUUCCUCCGUUUCUGGCUGGAAUGAUCUGACUGCAUAUCCCUCGCUUUGGCCCGAAGGUGGCACUGCUGACCCUUUAUGCUGCUGCCUCUAGAGUUUGCCUUUGGGGUCAACACCAUGUGACUGCAGGUGCCUCUCCACAGAGUCCCAACACUGUCCCAGUCAUUGAAGACUUGCCGGCACAGUUCACUUGACACUAUUGUACUAUGUGCCGAGAAUCCACUGUGCACAGAGCCCUGCUUUGGAUGCUGAGGAGCUAGAAAAGAAAGCACUUACUCUGCAGAAGGUUAUGGUACAGCGGUGACAACGUGACGCCGUAUAAGAUUCUCCUGAAGGAACGACCCA